GUCGAGAGUUUUAAAGGUCCUGCAUCUCAUAGGUUGUUUUCUUUUGUUCCCUAUAAAAGCCCUAAUUUGUUUUUCUCCGAAAUUUUCCUUUUUUUUCAUUUUCCCUGCAUUCGACAAAUUUGAUGGCGAGUUUUUUCUUCCAUUCAUCCAAGUGUUGCUCCAUUCUCGUUUCAGUUCCAUUAGAUUCUGUUCAUCUUUUUUCUCCGAAACUUUUUCGUUCUCAGAUUUUUAAGCAGCCUUCUAGUUCUAAUUGACGUCUAUUGAAGGGAGGAGCCACCGUGGUCUGUACAAAUGGGAAGACGUAAAACUCAGCGAAAAAAUUCUCCAGCGGUGGAUAGUGAUGAUGAUAUUAGUGUGAGUUCUUCAUCGACUACGCGGUCUGAUCGUAUGUCUGUUGUAGGGAUUGAGGAUUUUCAAUUUGACCAAGAUACUAUACUUGAUCAAGCUCUUGAUGCUUUGUAUGAGAAGAGGGGUUCCACAAGAGAGAAAGCGCUGGCAUCAAUCAUAGAAAAUCUCAACAACAAUUUGCAACAUCAAUUUGUGGAAAAGAAAUUUGCUACUCUGCUUCAUCAAUGUCUGAAUUCUAUCAAAAAGGGUUCCAGCAAGGAAAUAUCCUUGGCUUCUCGUGCAAUUGGAUUAUUAGCUUUAACAGUGGGUGAGGGUGACAAUGCUCGGGAAAUAUUGUCAGAAUCAAUUCCCUCAAUUUCUCAGGCUCUUAGAUCUGGAUCGGAGUCCUCAAAGAUAUCGCUGCUCGAAUGCUUGGCAGUUAUCACUUUUGUUGGAGGAAAUGACAUGGAGGAAAUUGAACGGUCGUUGCAGCUCAUGUGGCAAGUUGUCAUUCCCAAACUAGGACAAAAUGUAGUUGCAGCCAGGCAAUCGGCAGCUAUCAUAACAGCUAUGGUGUCUGCAUGGUCCUUUGUCCUUACGACUAUGGACGGGUUGAAACUUAAUUCCAAAGAUUGGCAAGAAUCAAUAUCAUAUUUAUCAAGUCUUCUGGACAAGGAUGACCGUUCUGUACGCAUUGCUGCUGGUGAAGCUCUGGCGUUGCUUUUUGAGAUAGGCAGAUUGGAGAAGUUUUCUGCUGAAGCUAGAGGAUCAACUGAUGGCUCCGCCCUAGAGGGAAGUAAACAGCGUGACUGGUUCAUACAUAUACAGGGACUGAAGGGAAAAAUUUUGAAUCAAGUGAAAGGCCUCUCGAUGGAAGCCGGUGGUAAGGGUUCUGCUAAGAGAGAUCUCAACUCCCAGCGGAAUACAUUUCGAGAUAUCUUGGAGUUUUUUGAGGAUGGUUAUUGUCCUGAAACUUCGAUUAAGAUUGGAGGAGAUCUGUUGCAGACUUCAACAUGGAGUCAACUGAUUCAGCUGAACUUCUUAAAGCACAUUCUUGGAGGAGGGUUUGUUAAGCACAUGCAGGAGAAUGUAUUCCUUCAUGAUGUCUUUGGGUUCACUCCGAAGAAAAAAUUUCUCUUGGACAGUGAGCAUCGAAUAUCGACCACGGAAAAGAGGAUGUUCAGGUCACCAAAUUCAAUUGCCAAUAAGGCAAGGACUCAGCUAUUGAACAAGCAGCGAAUGUUAGCUGAGGGUAGAAACAUUGGACACUAUGCUUUAAACGUGGGCGACUGAGAAUUAUAGUAUUUAUUUAUUGCGACUUAGAAGGUGCUGUUGAAGGCUGGUGCGAGCCUCCAUGUUUCUGUUGGACGAAUUGUAAAAAUAGUAGGAACAUAAAUUACUCGCAGUUCAUAAUUGGGGCUGAUGAUUUCGAAUUAUUCUGAAUCCCCACCUCGUAAGUGCUCUGACGAUUUACUGUUAGUUUCGAUUAGCACGUAAUUUAAUAAUUAUUAGACAACGGAUUA